UGGCUAGACCUGUUUCCAUGAACAGAGAGCAGAUAAGCAAGAGCAAGAGAGGAGCUCACAUAUAUAGGAGCUAAAGGAAGUUUUUCAGAGAGGAAGAAAGGUUUCAGCUGAACCUUCAGAAGAACAGACUUCUGAUUUCAGUCUUCAGCAUCUUAACUCGAAAAGAGAAAGGGAGCGAAGAGAGAAGAAGAAGGAAACAGGAGAGAAGAGGUAUUUUACGCAGGUGAUGAGGGUGGAGUUAAAGAAUACACCAAAGGAGGGAAGGUAGACAAACAGAGAGCAGCAAAUUGAUCCCUUAGAGCCUAAGAGGAGCUGAGGCGCUGAGCUGAACACUGACAGGAUGCAUGGAACGUGCCAAACUCUGUGAAGAAAGGAAUAAUGAACCUGCAAUAAGUGGAUUCAACUCUAUUUUUUUUCUUUGAGGUACAGAAGUUCAACCUAACAACUGAGGAUGUCAGGAUCAGACUCUCGCUGCACAGCAGGAGACACUGUUUGUGAGAUCCGUGUUUAUGAACAAGAGGUGAUCGUGGUUCCCAUCCUCCUGUUGUCCAGCUUCUUGGUCACUCUGGUCUUUAUUCUCCUGCUGCGCUUCUGCCCAGAGAAGGUCGACCGAAUCCGUCCCCGGAAAAAUGUGACCACCAGGAGAAUAUUGCAAGGCAUUGAUGCUCCACCUGGUAUCAACGUCCUUGAGCACGAAAGCAUCGCCUUGGAUUUGCCCACCUCCUACUCCACCUUUCAACCCCCAAAAACAUACCAAUCUCAAAAUCUGUCUGUGAGCCCACCCUCUCUCCCAACCAACCCCCUACCAGACCCCAUCAAGACCAGUUUCACUCCCAUCGCCCAGCCAAGGGAGCUGCCCCGCCAGAGGCUGCCAGAGUCCUUUAACCUGGUCACCCCUCUGCAGGGCUCCUUCUCCAUGCACGCCGACCCCUCUGUGUCUCUCUACAGAGCGCGCAUGGAAAACAGGAAUGUGGUUCUCCGUGUCCUCAAAGAUUCAGCUGAUGCUGUGGAGAGACACAACUUCCUGGGCUUUGCAUCUUUCCUGGCACAGCUUGGACCACAUCCAUUCCUGCCAGAGCUGCUGGGGGUGGUCUCAAUCCGAGCCCCCCUGGUCACAGUGGUGGAGGAGCUUGAAAACAGGGACCUGCUCAGCUACUUGUGGCGAUGCAGACAGGACAACGUGGAUCCUCCGUGUGAAAUGACUGAGAGGAGAAUAUUUACUAUGGCCAACCAGGUCGCUUCUGCUCUGGAGUUCCUCCACAGCAAAGACCUCCUCCAUGGAAACAUCCGGGCCAGCAGCGUUCUGGUCUCUAAGCAGCUCACAGCCAAGCUCUGGGGCCUUCAUGGAGUUUACACACGGAAGAACAAGAAAGCCACUCAGAGGGACGAUCCCAGCAUGAAGAAGUGGCAGGCGCCCGAGCUGCUGGUCAGGAAGCCAGCAACUAAGAGCAGUGACAUUUGGUCGUUUGGGAUCUUGCUGUUUGAAAUGGCAUCACUAGGGGAAGCUCCAUUUGCAGAAAUCUCAAUUAAUGAGCUUCUGCAGUUUCAUCAGAGAGGAAAAAACCUGAAAAAACCCUCAACCUGUUCCAAUUCACUGUAUGCACUCAUUAAAAGUUGCUGCCAGUGGAAAGAUCAGGAUCGGCCCUCGCUGGCGGAGGUGAGCCGAAAGCUUGUUUCAGGAGAAAAGAGUGCUUCGGAUAAAGCCCUCAAAGCCUCUGGGACGGUUAACCUGGAACAGUACCUGCAGGAAGCUGGAUAUGGAGAGACUAACAGCUACACUGUUUUCUGAUCCCCUCCAGGGUGAAAUGCCAAAAGAAGAAAAACAGAUGUAUUUGCACUACUAUCUCCAAGCUUAAUGUAGCACUUUUAUAAGAAACUCUAAGUUACAACUGAAGUGUUACAAACUCUGAACACGUUCAGCUUGACAAAAUGAAUUAAGUUAUCCUUUGGAUUCCUUCUGGAAAAACUGGAAUUCUAUUGUACGUUUAAGAGGGAUUUUUAUAAUUGUUGGUAAAAUUAUUCUGUUUCUUUCUCAGUUAUUUAACUUUUUAAGGGUCACAUUGGAAACAAAGGGGGGAUUCUGUUGAACAAGAAAGAGAUAUUGUGAGCCUGAGUUUGGUGCAUCUUUCUAAUAACCUGAACCUGUCCAUGAUGAGAUCAGAAACGGUUUGUGAUUCUUUUUUUUUUAAUGGGCCAAUAUGAUUUAACAAGU